UCAAUUUAAUUCAAAUUACGGCUCCAUUGAACGAUCCGGAUUGAUAAAUGACAAUGAGACAGACUUGGAUGUUUUUGAUGAUAAUUCAGACUAUUCAGAUGAAAAUCUUGUCAAUAAUCAAACUUCUAAAAAUAUACUCUUUGAUGGUACCAGGCUUGUUAUAAGUACUAUGAUAUGUUUACUAUUCAGUUUCCUUGCUAUAAUAAGAUGGAAAGAUUAUCAUGCGAAUCAACACGGAAAUUAUUGGGUUGUGACUCCUAUAUUGGAAGCCAUCAUAUGGGUUGAUGCAACAAUACUAGCGUUGUUUAACAUCGUUUCACAGCAGCGUAGUGUUCUUCAUAUCCGUGAACACUUAAACAUCUUAUACUUUCUUUCUUUAGUUUCUUCGAUAGUAGAUAUUCAUUCACUUUAUCUGAAGCUUGGUACAGAUUUCAACUCAGAAUAUUAUCUCAAGUUAUGGAUUCUUUGUUUUUCAUUCAUCUUGGUUUGCUUUUCGAUAUCGGAACCGCCAGAUGAUAUUGAAUUGCUUUCAAAUCCAAAUUCUGAG